AUGGAAAUACACAAUGACAUGGGUUACAGGGUGUAUGUAGAGUUGAAAAAAGAGAACAGAGAAUUCGGGAUGUAUCCUUUGUGCAUAACAACGAUUGAAAAAGAACUUGUAUUCGGUGGUAGUUUAAGUCAAGGCGAUAUUGUGCAAAUAGACGAAUCACUUCAAAGGUAUGAUUCCGGUACAGAUGAUACGCUUGCUCUAGAUUUUGUUAAUUCAGGAGAAAUUGGGGUGUUUGAACUGGACAAGGAUUUGAUAAUUUCAAAAACUAAUCAAAGGGAGGUUAUUGUUGGACAAGUAUAUAAGGAUAAGGCUACAUUGAAAGAGGUGAUGGAGAAUUAUGCUAUAUCUCAAAGGUUUCAAUUCCGGGUUGAUAGGUCUAAUGCUGUCAGCUAUGCAUUAUUAUGUAUGUCAGAAGAUUGUGAAUGGAGGUUUAAAGCUUCAAGCAUUAACAAAUCAGAACUAUUCAAAGUGAGAGAGUUCAUUGAUAACCAUACAUGUCCGCUGAAGGACAAGGUGUAUGAGCAGCGACAGGCAAGUAACAGCCUUAUAGGUGGUAUGAUUAGGCCUAAGCUUACUAAUCAUAAGAGGAAAUACACCCCAAAGGAUAUUAUUGAUGAUGUGAAAUCAGAAAUAGGUGUAGAUGCUAGCUACAUGUUGGCGUGGCGGGCUAAAGAAAAGGCAAUGAAUUUUUUGAGAGGUGAACCUGCUGAUUCAUACAAAAAAUUACCAGGAUACUUAUAUACAAUGGAUAUGACAUAUCCAGGUUCCCACAUCAUAAUGGGGUUUGAUCAUUGUAGAUCCAUUGUGGUUGUGGAUGGAAGUCACCUAAAAUCUUACUACACCGGGACAUUCGUUUCGGCAAGCACGUUGGAUGGUGCAGGUCAUAUAUUGCCACUAGCAUAUGGUGUUAUUGAUUCAGAGAACGAUGCUGCUUGGACGUGGUUCUUUGAGCAAUUCAAGAUAGCAUAUGGUGACAGGGAAAACAUGUGCAUCGUUUCAGAUAGAAAUGAGAGUAUCAUUAAAUCUGUAUCGAGAGUGUAUCCAGAUGUACCGCAUUUGCCUGUAUAUGGCAUCUAUGGAACAACGUAUAUAAGAAAUUCAAAAAGAGCCAUGCAAAGUUGA